AAAAAACAAAAAAACAUAAUUCUAGUUCUAUAAGUACUAUUCCAGGGUCACGAGUGCUAUUUUCUGCAUCUCCUGUGGGUGUAAAUAACGCCAGGAGGUGUCAGCAGACUGCUGGUGGUUUUCUGCAGGCCCCCUAGAACUGACAGUUCAGACAGGCACAGCGCGCAUGUGAGACUGUGUGCACAGGGCCACUGGUUUCCUAUUGCUAUGAAUAUGGUAUAUAAUCAGCCUGAAACACAAUUAGGAAAACAGCUGAGUUGUCAUGAUUAUUUUAGUAUAGCUAACUUUACAUAGAUUAGAAAUGCAAUUGUGCAGUAAGUGUUACACCCUUUAACCACUAGGAGGAAGCAACGAGACAUACGCAAUCCCCUAAACUCAGUCAAAGGUCAAAUUUAUUUACUGUGUAUAGUGUUAAUAGAUGGUAAAAUGUUUGAUUAUCUAUAAUGAAAACAAAGUCGUUAUAAGAGCUGUUUUGAUUUCCCAUCUUGUGUAGGUUAUGUUUCGACUUGGCUUGCCUCGUGGCUCAUCAUCUAGAUAUUCAACAUCCCAACUUUCCCAUAUAUUAUAGACUAUUUAGAUAGGUCUUUUAAUUAGAUUUAAAUGUACACUUUUUUCCUUCCAAGAAAGAAGAUGACAUAUUUUAUUAUUUUGUGUAUUUAAGCAAUUAGUUUUCACAUUUAAUCGUGUAAGCGCUCAUUAGUGUGAAUGCUUGAAAAGCAUUCACAGUAUUGUUAUUCUAAUCUUUAUUAUUAUUAUUUUUAUUUACUUUUAUUCUCGUGACCUAUAUAUUAAGUUGUUUUCUGCUAUUUUGUUUAAAGAAAAGCAUCCUUUUAACAUUUAUUAGUUAUUAGGGAAAAGCAUGCUGCUGAAAUGUUUUGCAGCGUUUUCCUAAGAGGCGGAGCAACAUGGCAUGUUCAGGCUGUCAUUCAUUCAAGGAUCAAAGAGCAAACAUUCUGGCAUUUGGGGGAUUUUCUGGAAAGCAGUCUCCUGUAGGUCACUGUGCAGGCCCCCUGCAGCUGAUCACAUUAUUUUCAACUGGAUGUGCUGCGCUGACCUUCAGUGUGCACUCCACUAUGGACCGCAAAAGGGAUGACUGGCUCAGAACAAAAAGGGAAAGGGAAACCUAUAUGCUACACAAUGAUGGAUGAUAGGCAAGCUAUGCUUCACAUCCUUGAGGAGCCUCAGAUGCGAAGAGAAGGGGAGAGACUUCGAACUUUUCACGACUGGCCAGCAGAUGCACCUGUCACAUCUGGAGAUCUGGCCAAGGCAGGAUUUUUCUUUCUAGGCCCUGGGGAUAAAGUACAGUGUUUCUGCUGUGGAGGGAUUUUAAGAUGCUGGGUACAAGGGGAUAGCCCAGCCACUGAGCAUAAGAGACAUUUCCCUGCUUGCAGCUUCAUUCUGGGUCGAGCUGUAGGAAAUAUCCCACUUCAAGCUGACUCCUCAGAUUCUGUGGAUGGACAGCUUUUGAGUCAGCUCCAGAGGAUGACUAUGGAUGACCAGGGAACAGCUGGGCAAGCAGUCUACCCAGAGAUGGAAGCAGAGGAUUCGAGGCUCACCACUUACCACAACUGGCCCACCGAAGCCUCAAUCCAACCCGAUGUUCUUGCCAGAGCAGGCUUUUUCUACACAGGUCACGGUGACAAUGUCAAAUGCUUCUACUGUGACGGAGGGCUGAGGAACUGGGAGCCAGGCGACGACCCCUGGCAGGAACAUGCCAAAUGGUUUCCACGAUGUGAGUUCUUAAUCCAAUCGAGGGGGCAGGAAUACAUCAGCAACAUACAGGACACUCAUUUCCACCUGGAUGACACUAUGGGAGGAUCACAGACCUCCUCGAGUAGAGAUAUCAGCUCCAGAGGCGAUCUGGUCGGAGGUCUGGGAGCUUCAUCGGCCAUGCUUUCUCCUGUGGUACAGACUGUGCUCCAGAUGGGCUUUGAAGCCAGCCUGGUGGAGAGUCUGGUCCAAACCAAGUACCUUCUGACAGGCCAGCAUUACACGUCUGUAUCUGACCUGGUUACUGAUGUACUGCAGGCGGAGGAGGAAGACAGACAGAGGAGGCCUCAAAGCAGAGAGCCAGAGAUGAGGCAAGGCUCCAGUGCUGGAAAUGUACGAACACAGACACCUGUCAGAGGGAAAGCAGUUAAGGAAAACAGUCCAGAGGAACUGCUGAGGCAGCUGCAGGAGGAGAGGACCUGUAAAGUGUGCAUGGACAAGCUUGUGUCCAUUGUCUUCAUCCCCUGUGGUCAUCUGGUGGUUUGUGGUGAUUGUGCUGCCAGCCUACGUCACUGCCCCAUCUGCAGAGCUGUCAUCAGAGGCAGCGUCCGUGCUUUCAUGUCCUAAGGCUGUAGUGAAAAGCUACCCCUAUACAGGUGUUGCAUGAGUGGCCUUGAGUUUUCCACAGGCCCCAGUUUCUGUUGUACUGGAAAGAAUAAAGAGUGCUGAUUGCUUAUUUUGUCAGGGUUACCAGAUCAUUUUCUACAAUAAACAUUUCAAGCUGCCAUCAUAUUUAUAGCUUUGGGAUUUUUUAUUUUUUUUACAAAAACAGAAUGACCUACUAAAUGACACAUGGGACCAUCAAAAGAGCACAUUCUUUUAUUAACAAACACAUAUUUACAUGAGCACAAAGCACAGUUCUGGAUAAAUAGGAAUACACAAUCAGGUCACAUCGGGUUGGAGGAACACAGGACGCAAAAUGGAAGAGAAAAAAAACCCAUUUCCACUUUCUAUAAAAACAAAAAGUAUCUACACAGAGAGACUCUUUUCAGUGGAAAUUUAACAAAUAUAACAUGUUUCAACUAAUACCAGUCACCAGGUUUAGGAAAAGGCUGUAUUGCACUGAGAGGAAGACCUGUUUUACAUUAGGAUUUUAGAAGCAUUUUCCUAUUAAUACUGAUUAUGUUACAAUAUGAGGUGCUUUGUGUUUUUACUCACACGCUAGCUGGCUUCCCAGGAGUGUGUAAACUUUAAAUUAUAAAGAUAACAAUGACACAAAAAUUAUUGCAUCUCUCAGACAGCGAGGUGAUCAAUCGAAUGGAAACAGUAUUCAGAUCAUUUUAAGAAUCAUAACAGUUGAAAAACUGUUUGUCUGGCAGUAAAGCACAUUUAAGAUCACAGAGGACUCUGACACGCACUUGAUAGCUGAAGGUGCUGAAAACAGAAAUGAAAAAACUUCCACAGAAAAAAAGCCAAGUGGCCAACUAUCCCAAUCAAUUAACACAAUGCAAUUACUUUCAAA